AAAGCCGUUCUGUUCAUUCAAAAUGGGAAAGUCAAGCCUUCUGAUUUUGGGAAUCUUGGCAUUAAUUGCAAUCCGAGAAGUUGCAAAUACCAAACCAGGACCAUGUCGAAAGUUAAAACAACAAUUUCCACCAACCAAAAUGCAGGGAAAAAUGUUACUUCGAUCGAUGUACCUAAAUAGUUUUGAUACUGUUUCGACAUUUCAGCCCAGUAAUUUAUGUAUUCGCUACGAUGUGGCAGCACCUGAACUGAAGGAUUACACAGUUAUAGGUACUGACAACAAGGACUACGUAGUUCUAUACAAGUGUAACUACUUCAAUGUUUCCAAGACUCACAUAGAGUUUAUCAACGCAUAUACUAGCGUUAAAACCCCCAGUCCUGCCGUCUUAAAUGGAAUUUCCCUGGCUUACAAAAAGAAUGGCCUAGAUGAAAAACUUAUUAUGACCCUGUGUCAGUGAAAUCGGGAGCCAGAAACCAAUAGAAUUUGGUGCAUCCGAAAUAAAGAUCUAAAAUAUUUGCCUGAGAAA